AUGCGAGCCAUCGGGCUCCUGUGGCUGCUACCGCCGCUGCUCUCGGCGGCCGCCUCUAGCUCCGGGGCCGCAGUCGGCCAGCGCGCGGGCUCUCCGGCCGUGGGUCCGCCUCUGCAGCCCCGGGAGCCGCUCAGCUACUCGCGCCUACAGAGGAAGAGCCUGGCGGUGGACUUCGUGGUGCCCUCGCUCUUCCGCGUCUACGCCCGGGAUCUGCUGCUGCCGCCGCCGCCGCCUCCGCCGUCCCCCCCGGAGCCAAGGGCUGGCCGGGCGGAGGAGCACGGAUCGCUGGCCCUUGACUGCGCCCCGCUGCUCAGGCUGCUGGGACCGCCGCCUGGGGUGUCCUGGGCACCCGCGGCCCCGACGCUGUCCAGGGUGCUGAAGGGCGGCUCUGUGCGCAAGCUCCGGCGCGCCAAGCAGCUGGUGCUGGAGCUGGGAGAGGAGGCGAUCCUGGAGGGCUGCCUGGGACCGCCCGAGGAGGCGGCCGCCGGGCUGCUCCAGUUCAACCUCAGCGAGCUGUUCAGCUGGUGGAUUCGCCACGGCGAGGGGCGGCUGAGAGUCCGUCUGAUGCCCGAGAAGAAGGCGUCGGAAGGGGGCCGAGAGGGAAGGCUGUCUGCGGCCAUCCGCGCCUCCCAGCCACGCCUUCUCUUCCAGAUCCUAGGCGCCGGUCCCAGCUCUUUGGAAUCACCAACAAACAUGCCUUCUCCUCCUCCUGACUAUUUCUCAUGGAAUCUGACCUGGAUAAUGAAAGAUUCCUUCCCUUUCCUGUCUCAUCGCAGCCGAUAUGGUCUGGAGUGCAGCUUCGACUUCCCCUGUGAACUGGAGUAUUCGCCUCCACUACACGACCUGAGGAACCAGAGCUGGUCGUGGCGCCGCGUCCCCUCUGAGGAGGCCUCCCAGAUGGACUUUCUGGAUGGACCCGAGGCAGAGCGCUCUAAGGAGAGGCCCAGAGGCUCCUUCCUCCUCCUCAACACCUCAGCAGACUCCAAACACACCAUCCUGAGCCCGUGGAUGAGGAGCAGCAGUGAGCACUGCACGCUGGCCGUCUCGGUGCACAGGCACCUGCAGCCCUCUGGGAGGUAUGUGGCCCAGCUGCUGCCCCACAACGAGCCUGGAAGAGAGAUCCUCCUGGUGCCCACUCCAGGGAAGCAUGGGUGGACAGUGCUGCAGGGAAGAAUUGGGCGCCCAGAGAACCCGUUCCGAGUGGCCCUGGAAUACAUCUCCAGUGGGAACCGAAGCUUGUCUGCGGUGGACUUCUUCGCCCUGAAGAACUGCAGUGAAGGGACAUCCCCCGGCUCCAAGAUGGCGCUGCAGAGUUCCUUCACUUGUUGGAACGGGACAGUUCUCCAGCUUGGGCGGGCCUGCGACUUCCACCAGGACUGCGCCCAGGGAGAAGACGAGGGCCAGCUGUGCAGUAAACUCCCUGCUGGCUUUUACUGCAACUUCGAGGAUGGCUUGUGUGGCUGGACCCAAGGCAUACUCUCGUCCCGUGUGCCUCGGUGGCAGGUCAGGACCCUCAAGGAUGCCCGGUCCCAGGACCACCAAGGCCACGCCCUGCUGCUCAGCACCACCGACGCCCCCUCAUCUGAAAGCGCUACAAUGACCAGUGUUACGUUUCCCGCGCCAAUGAAGAACUCUCCCUGUGAGCUCCGAAUGGCCUGGCUCAUCCGUGGAGUCUUGAGGGGAAACGUGUCCUUGGUGCUGGUGGAGAAUAAGACUGGGAGGGAACAAAGCAGGAUCCUCUGGCACGGUGCUCCCAGUGAUGGCCUGAGCCUGUGGCAGUGGGCAGUGUUGCCGCUCCUCGACGUGUCCGACAGGUUCUGGCUCCAGAUGGUCGCAUGGUGGGAACAAGGAUCCAGAGCUACCGUGGCCUUCGACAACAUCUCCAUCAGCCUGGACUGCUACCUCACCAUCAGUGGAGAGGACAAAACUCUACAGAGCGCGGAACCCAGAUCAAGAAAUCUGUUUGAUGGUAGCCCAAACAAGGAGUCGAAACCCAGGGAGGCCACACCAAGGACCCCCACCUUUGACCCUACAGUUCACUGGCUGUUCACAACGUGCGGGGCCAGCGGGCCCCAUGGCCCCACGCAGGCCCAGUGCAACAACGCCUACCAGAAUUCCAACCAGAGUGUGGUGGUGGGGAGCGAAGGCCCCCUGAAGGGCAUCCAGAUCUGGACAGUGCCAGCCACCGACACCUACAGCAUCUCGGGCUACGGAGCCGCUGGCGGGAAAGGCGGGAAGAACACCAUGAUGCGGUCCCACGGUGUGUCUGUGUUGGGCAUCUUCAACCUGGAGAAGGACGACACGCUCUACAUCCUGGUCGGGCAGCAGGGCGAGGACGCCUGCCCCAGCACAAACCAGUUAAUUCAGAAAGUCUGCAUUGGCGAGAAUAACGUGAUAGAGGAAGAGAUCCGUGUGAACAGAAGCGUGCACGAGUGGGCAGGAGGAGGAGGAGGGGGGGGUGGAGCCACCUAUGUGUUUAAGAUGAAGGAUGGUGUGCCCGUGCCCCUGAUCAUUGCGGCCGGCGGUGGCGGCAGGGCCUACGGGGCCAAGACAGACACCUUCCACCCAGAGAGACUGGAAAAUAACUCCUCGGUCCUGGGGCUGAACGGCAACUCCGGAGCCGCAGGUGGCGGAGGUGGCUGGAAUGAUAACACUUCCUUGCUCUGGGCUGGAAAGUCUUUGCUGGAGGGAGCCACCGGAGGACAUUCCUGCCCCCAGGCCAUGAAGAAGUGGGGGUGGGAGACAAGAGGGGGUUUCGGAGGGGGUGGAGGGGGGUGCUCCUCCGGUGGAGGAGGCGGAGGAUACAUAGGCGGCAACGCAGCCUCAAACAAUGACCCUGAGAUGGAUGGGGAAGAUGGGAUUUCAUUUAUCAGUCCACUGGGCAUCCUGUACACCCCAGCUUUGAAAGUGAUGGAGGGCCAUGGGGAAGUGAACAUUAAACAUUACCUAAACUGCAGUCACUGUGAGGUAGACGAGUGUCACAUGGACCCCGAGACCCACAAGGUCAUCUGCUUCUGUGACCAUGGAACGGUGCUGGCCCAGGACGGUGUCUCCUGCGUUGUGUCACCCACCGCGGAGCCCCACCUGCCACUGUCACUGAUCCUCUCCGUGGUCACCUCUGCCCUAGUGGCCGCCCUUGUCCUGGCUUUCUCAGGCAUCAUGGUUGUGUACCGCCGGAAGCACCAGGAGCUGCAGGCCAUGCAGAUGGAGCUGCAGAGCCCCGAGUACAAGCUGAGCAAGCUCCGCACCGCGACCAUCAUGACCGACUACAACCCCAACUACUGCUUCGCUGGCAAGACCUCCUCCAUCAGCGACCUAAAGGAGGUGCCCCGGAAGAACAUCACCCUCAUCCGGGGCCUGGGCCACGGCGCGUUUGGGGAGGUGUAUGAAGGCCAGGUGUCUGGAAUGCCCAAUGACCCGAGCCCCCUGCAGGUGGCUGUGAAGACCCUGCCUGAGGUGUGUUCAGAACAGGACGAGCUGGAUUUCCUCAUGGAGGCCCUGAUCAUCAGCAAAUUCAACCACCAGAACAUCGUGCGCUGCAUCGGCGUCAGUCUGCAGGCCCUGCCCCGGUUCAUCCUGCUGGAGCUCAUGGCGGGAGGAGACCUCAAGUCCUUCCUGCGGGAGACCCGCCCUCGCCCGAAUCAGCCCUCCUCCCUGGCCAUGCUGGACCUGCUGCACGUGGCUCGGGACAUUGCCUGUGGCUGUCAGUAUCUAGAGGAAAACCACUUCAUCCACCGGGACAUUGCUGCCAGGAACUGCCUCUUGACCUGUCCAGGCACGGGAAGAGUGGCCAAGAUCGGAGACUUUGGAAUGGCCCGAGACAUCUACAGAGCGAGCUACUACAGGAAGGGAGGCUGUGCAAUGCUGCCAGUUAAGUGGAUGCCCCCGGAGGCCUUCAUGGAGGGGAUAUUUACCUCUAAAACAGACACGUGGUCCUUCGGAGUGCUGCUCUGGGAAAUAUUCUCUCUCGGAUACAUGCCAUACCCCAGCAAAAGCAACCAGGAGGUCCUGGAGUUUGUCACCAGCGGAGGCCGGAUGGACCCACCCAAGAACUGCCCGGGGCCUGUAUACCGGAUAAUGACUCAGUGCUGGCAACAUCAACCAGAAGACAGGCCCAACUUCGCCAUAAUAUUGGAGAGGAUUGAAUAUUGUACCCAGGACCCAGACGUAAUCAACACUGCCCUGCCCAUAGAAUACGGGCCCCUGGUGGAAGAGGAGGAAAAGGUGCCCAUGCGGCCCAAGGACCCCGAGGGGGUCCCUCCGCUGCUGGUGGCUCCAGCGCAGGCCAAGCGGGAGGAGGCGCCCGUCGCAGCCGCGCCCGCCGCCCUGCCCGCCGCUUCGUCUGGCAAAGCCGUGAAGAAGCCCGCAGCCGCCGCCGAGGCCCCCGCGCGCGCCCGCCGAGGCCCCGCCGUGGGAGGGGGACACGUGAACGUGGCCUUUGCGCAGUCCAACCCGCCAUCGGAGCUGCACAAGGGCCAGGGGUCCAGAAACAAGCCGACCAGCCUGUGGAACCCGACGUACGGCUCGUGGUUCGCGGAGAAGCCCGCCCGAAAGAACAAUGCCCCGGCCAAGAAGGAGCCCCUGGACACCAGGGGGCACGUGGGGCGCGCGGCCGGCUGUACUGUCCCGCCCGGCGUGGCGCCCGGCCGCCUGGCCGGGGCCUCGCUGCUGCUGGAGCCGUCGGCGCUCACCGCCGGCAUGAAGGAGGUGCCGCUGUUCCGGCUGCGCCACUUCCCCUGCGGGAACGUCAACUACGGCUACCAGCAGCAGGGCCUGCCCCUGGAGGCCACGGCGGCCCCUGGCGCCGGCCACUACGAGGACACCAUCCUGAAAGCCAAGGGCAGCGGCAAGCAGCCCGGGCCCUGA